UUUCCGUUUUCUUCUUUUGGCAAGUUCCCUCCUCAUUGAAGCGCCGCGCCCAGUUAAACUUCGCUUUCUCACCUCUCUCUUUCUCCCCAUCUCCUAAGCAAUUAUCCAAUCAGGGAAUCUCUGCAAAUUUCCAUUAAACUAAUCUUAAUUUACUGUUUCCACUGAUGGAUGACUCUUCCUGGAAAGUAAAACUGGGUUUGUCGGGUUCUCUCCGUAUGGAAACCUUUGGGGGCUUAACCAGCUGCUUGUGAUGUCUCGUAGCUAUACAGAUUCAGACCAAGCUGCUCGAAAUGGAGGGGAUUCAGCCGAGUUGAAGCUUUACCAAGCCUUCAUUUUCUCUGUACCAGUACUCUUGACAUUCAUCCUCCUCCUGUUGUUCUACUUGUUCUAUCUUCGCCUCCACAGGUUCGAUUGGUCGUCGCUGCGGAUGCGAGCUUCAUUGCACGGCGGCGAUGGCAUCUCCAGAUGUGAGUUGGGGCUGAAGAAAGAGCACAGAGAGUUGCUGCCCAUUAUUGUGUUCAGGGAGAGCUUCUCCGUCAAAGAUACACAGUGCCCUGUAUGCCUUGCAGACUACCUAGCCGAGGAUAGACUGCAACAGAUACCUGCUUGUGGGCAUACCUUUCACAUGGUCUGCAUCGACCUCUGGCUUUCGACUCACACCACCUGUCCACUCUGCCGACAGUCCCUUAUUGCGCCUCCCACAGCUUCAAUUGAACCAUCAGAGACCCCAGAAACUUGGCAUCAGCCUCGGGAAGAAGCUUCUGCCAGCCAAGAAUCAUCAGACUCUAGCGUUGGAAAUGUAGGAAUCCUUCCAACAGGCAGUUGAGGCGAGGGCAGGGGCUGUCAGUUUGUGGAUAGAGAGAGAGAUUAUGAAUUGUUAGUUAACUUCGAAUGUAUGGGUGUAGAGGAACUCAUUUGUUGAUUUGUGGUUGAAUUGAAUGCCAGAGUUGCUUACGAGUUAGUCUUGACCUGAGGGUUGAAAACUCAAGCAUGUUAGCUGUAUGCACAUUUGAAUGCACAGGGAAUUUGGACU